AUCCCACCCGCCUCCCUCUUCCUAGCUUUGGCUCGGUCACCAGCUCCGGCCUCGGCGCCCCCGCCCAGAGCCCCCUCCCCGGAGCGGAGCCCACCCGAGGGCACCUCUCCCGCCCCCCAGCCCAGCCGCCCGGCCAGAACAGCAGCCCCGGGGGGCAGCCCCCCUCCAGCCUGACUCCCUCCAGCCCAGCCCUGCCAGAUCCCCUCAACCAUGAAUCUCUUCCGAUUCCUGGGAGACCUCUCCCACCUCCUAGCCAUCAUCUUGCUGCUGCUCAAAAUCUGGAAGUCCCGCUCGUGUGCCGGGAUUUCGGGGAAGAGCCAGGUCCUGUUUGCUGUGGUGUUCACUGCCCGCUACCUGGACCUCUUCACCAACUACAUCUCUCUCUACAACACGUGCAUGAAGGUGGUCUACAUCGCCUGUUCUUUCGCCACGGUCUGGAUGAUUUACAGCAAGUUCAAAGCCACUUACGAUGGGAACCACGACACGUUCCGAGUGGAGUUCCUCGUUGUUCCCACGGCCAUCCUGGCGUUCUUGGUCAACCAUGACUUUACUCCUCUAGAGAUCCUCUGGACCUUCUCCAUCUACCUGGAGUCCGUGGCCAUCCUGCCGCAGCUGUUCAUGGUGAGCAAGACAGGCGAGGCGGAGACCAUCACCAGCCACUACUUGUUUGCGCUGGGUGUCUACCGCACGCUCUAUCUCUUCAACUGGAUCUGGCGCUACCACUUCGAAGGCUUCUUCGACCUCAUCGCCAUCGUGGCAGGCCUGGUCCAGACGGUCCUCUACUGUGAUUUCUUCUACCUCUACAUCACCAAAGUCCUCAAGGGGAAGAAGCUGAGUUUGCCGGCGUAGCCCUGGUCCUCGCCAUCCCUCUCCGGGGCAGCUGCGAGAGGCAGAGGAAGGCGACGAAAGACGAAGAGCCUUCCCAUCCAGGGGAACUUUUUUAAGAACCCACCUCUCGGUACUCCCCAGCCCUGCUCCUGCCGGGUUUCAGGGGGCAGUGGAGGACCCAAGUCUUGGGGGAGCUCAGGACCUGGGCUGUUUGUAGUUUUUUUGCCUUUUAGAGAAGGAAAAAAAAAAAAAAAAUCUUUCCACUAUUUAGGUUUUGAUUCUGAUGACUCCUUUCUUUUCUACUCUCUGCCCCCAAUUUUUAUAAACUGUUUUCGAGUGUCCUGUGGGGCACGGCGGGGCUGGAGAUCUUUUCCCUCCCCCGAGCCCCUUGGCUUCCUUCUGGAUCCUAACCCCUCAGCCCCACCCGUUGCCAAACACUAAAUCUGCCGACACCCGCCUGCCAGACCUCCCACCGUUGCCAUGGACACAACCCCCAUCCCCCCCCCAAACUUCUGCAUUGGGGAGAGGGAAGAGGGGAGGGAAGUUCUCCCCUGAUUUUUCAUAAUAUUUUCCAGAGUUUGGGUUUUUUGGUCAUGUCCUUGUUUUUUGGCAAUUUAGGGGCGCAUGGGAAGGGGGUUGGCCCGAGGGUCACCGUGGCUCUAUGGUCACGUUUUUGUACAGAAUUGAUGGUUGAUUCUUUGUUCUCUUGAAAUAAACUGAGGAAAACGAUGCCUCUCUUUUGCUA